UUUAUUUCCUUUAGGACUGACUGGUUUAGCACUGAACCAUACACUUUAAAAUGGUCAAGAUGGUUACUGUUUUGUGUAUUUUAUCACAUUUUUUAAACUGCAUUUAAUUGUGUAUCAGUUAUGCCUUAAUAAAGUUGAUCUAAAGAAACAAACCAACAGCUUUAAAAAAAAAAAGCCCAAGACCAGAUGGUGUAAUUCUGUGAAACAUUAAAGCAGUAUUAACAGCAAUUUCUCUCAAAAUCUUCCAAAAAGCUGAAGAAGAGAGACCACUUCCCAAGUCAUUCUGUGCAUCACUAUCUCGUGCUACCAAAGCCGGAUGGAGACGCAACCAGCAAACCUAGACCAGUACCCUGAUGAUUACAGGUGCAAAGGUCCUCGACAGGAUAGUAGUACCCAACUAGAUCCAGCAAAUCUCUAAAGGACUAUAUGUGAAGUGAGUUUUAUUCCCAGGGUGCAAGGGUGUUUCACAAUAAGGAACUCAAUCGAUGACACACACCAUAUUAAUAGAAUGACGGUUGGAAACUAUGUGACCGUCUCAGUUGGUACAGAAAAAGCAUCUGGCAAAAUCCAACACAAUAAAGCCCCAGGUGAAAAACCCACAGAUCACACCGUCCUCAGUAUUGAGAGAUGAGACAGAAAGGUUUUUUCUCUAAGGUCAGGAACAAGAUUAAGAUGCCUGCUUUGCCUACUGUUCAUUCAACUCACCCUGGAGUUCCAGAGAGAGUAAUCAGGCAAGAAAAAGAAGCAAAAGACGUCCGCAUUGGAAAAGAAGAGGCAGACUUGGGUCUGGAAACAGGCGACUCGAGGCCGGGUUUGGUGACCCCCCUUGCUGCGUCUUUGUGGGCCUGAUCGUGAACCGUCAGAGCCUCCUAACCCAAGGCCCGAGGCCCUCUUUGCUGUGCGCACUCUGCUCCGGAUGAGUGUCUUCAGUUGCUGUUGAUGUCCCAGCGGCGCCCACACCCCCGUCUGAGGCCAGGCGUCACGCACCUGGACCUCAGACCCAGAUGUUUACCUGCCCACGUCGGGGUGGGGGCCCGCAGAAGGGCAGAGAGCCUGACCGAGACUGGACUCGUGGUCUCCCUGCAGGGCCGCGUCCACCCGCCGUGGUGGCCUCCGUGUGCACAGCAUGUGGCUUUCGCCUGAAUGUCCCUUGCGCCCGCCCCGUUAUCCAGCGCUUCCCUCCAGGGGCCACGUCUGUCCUUGAGUGAGCUCUGCUGGCCGCCGGGUCCCCCCCAGGGGCUCCCGGCCCGCUCGCCGCCUCCUCCGCACGGAUGCCAGGUAUCUCAACGCACACCUGGUCACUGCUGGCCUCACUGAGCACCCGGCCCGCCCUGGCCUAACCCGGCCCACGCUCUCCUAGUGGAGGCCUCCUCUCAGCGCUGGUGUUAGACCGUCAGGCUGCCGCGGAGGGGACGGGGCAGAAGCAACCAGGAGCACGUAGCUCCACCUGCCCGCAGGCCUGCCGUUGCCUGGGCCGGAGCCCCCGGGCACCGCGACCUCACCAGUGUGACAGGGCCCCUGGGAGUCCCAGCUGCCCGGCCACAGGGCACACAUGGGGCUCUCCAGGAGGGUCGAGAGUGCCGGGCCCCAGCAGGGUUGGGGGGUGCUCACCCGGCGCCCCUCACAGCUGCGACCGCGGGCAGGCGGCCCUCGGCCGAGGCCAUGUGGACACUCUCCUGCCGGCGCUCCUCAGGACGGGCCCAGUCCACCGGGACCUCCGGCCCUUCAGCGCCCUGCACAGCUGCGGGCUCCUGGGGCGCCCGGGACUCCACCGUCUGCAGGCCUCCUUCCCCAUCUUGCUCGCUCUGCCCCUCCGUUCAUUUCCAUCUUCGGGGACAACGGGCUUGGCCCUGCGUGCACCUCUGGACCCCAGCAGGCUGCUGCCCCCAGCCCACUGCUGCGGGGCUGACUUCACUGCUGACCCAGGGAUGCCCCCCAGCCCCACCCGGAGGGGGUGCCCCACCUCAGGGCAGGAAGUGCUGAGGGGAGGGGGACUGGGAAGAGGGGUCCCCACGGGGCUCCCCUCGGGCCUCAUCCUGCCUCAUGCCCCCAGCAAGCCCCUGGACCGGAGCCCCACGUCAGGGCUGCUCCGAGAACCUCCAGGUCAAGACCCAGGACGUGAGGGCAGACGCUGGCCCUGCCGCCUGCACCGUCCGCUCCCCUCCAGCCCCCGGUCCUCGCGCUGAGCUGGGGUCGUGCCCUGGCAGGCUCCCCGCUGCUCGUCCAUUGGUGGCCCGGUCGAUUCCCAGCCCGGUGGGUUCUCUGUGGGGCAGCAGACCUCUGAGCUGCACCCUAACGCCCGCCCGCCCCUGAGUCACCUCAGCCUGGCCGCUCCUGGGCUGCAGCCUGGGCUCAGGUCAGGGUCAGCCAGGGAAGGAGCUUCUCUGUACUGUUUGUCCUCAUCGCUCGGCACCUGGCCUCUUAGUUCCCAACUAGAGAUGGAGCCUGUGCCCCCUGCAUUGGGAGGGUGGAGCCUUAUCCACCGGACCACCAGGGAAGUCCCGAAGAAGGAGCUUUUUUCUACCCAGCUCCGGCUGAAGGGCGCACCCCAGUGUAGCCCCCUUCUGUGAUGGACCCGAAGGCCCCUAAGAAGUCCCACCAGGGACGGAAGAGUAAGGCCAGGAUGCAGGAGAAGUUUGCCAGGAAGUUUCCAUACAGGUUCUCCUGGCUGAUGGGGACCAGCUCAGAGCUCCUGCAGCCCUGGGAACUCACGAAGAUGAGCAGCUUGCUGAGGGAGCAGCUGCCCCUGCAGAAGACGCUGCUGCCCACAAGGUCCAUCCCCGUCCGAGGGCUGGGGGCCCCAGAUUUCCUGCCUCCCUCCUGCCUCCAGCCGCCACUAUCGCCGCCAAGAAACCUCUGGGAGCUGGCGCUGCUGACCCGCCGCUUCCCCAGGCCAGCAGCUCCCCCGCCCGCCCCCCGGAGUCCCGCUCUGCACCACCUGUCUCUGGGCCACUCGGCCCCCAGGCGCUCGUGACGGGCCACCGGGAGCUCCCUCUGGGCAGAGGUGACCUAUGGGGAGGCGAGGAGCCCGGGCGAGGCCUCCCGUGGAUCCACGCUGCAGGUUCACGGCCCCGGACGGUCGUCUGCACGCCGGCCCCACAUUCUCAUCCAUAAAGUGUGGUGACGGUCA